CUCGGCAAUCUUCCACCUCUCCUAGAGAACGGAACAUCGCGAUUAGCCUCACCUGUGCGUUUGGGAAGAGAAACAGGUAAAAGUUUGGAGAAUUAAACCCUUGUGAACUUUGAAGUUUCUGGCACAAUGGGAGAGGAGAUAGCUUUGAAGAAAUAACACUCGAGUAUCCUCUUGAGUUUUUCAUCUCUGCUCCUUGGCUGUGUGAUGGAUUACAGGCUGAGCUGAGUCUCCUGUCCAGGUGGACCAGCCAGAGGAGACCCCGAUAACAAAGAAAAAGGGAAACAAGUGCGGCAGUUUGGCAAAUUCAAGAAGAUCCAUCUAAACUAAGGGGCAAUCUUGGAGCUCUUGCGGGUCCGGAUCACCAGUUGACUCUCUUCUUCACAGGAAAGCACACAUCACAGGUUGAACCAUGGCUUUGAUGGUGGUUAAGUUUGAUCUAAAAAAGCGAGUGAAGCUCGCUCAAACUGUUUGGUUCAUGUACUGGUUUGCUGUAAUGGCUGGUGUGCUGGUCUUAAGCAUGGGCCUUUUCUUCAAGAUUGAGCUGCGGAAGCGCUCAGAACUCAUGGACAACAACGAGAGCCACUUCUUGCCGAAUCUUCUCAUAUUCAUGGGUCUAAUAAUCUGCGCCAUCAACGCCUUUGGAGGCAAAGUCUGUUACGACUCUCUGGAUCCUGUCAAGUUUGCAAAGUGGAAGCCCAUGUUGAAGACCUUCUUGGUAUUUUGCAUGGGCUUUAACGUUCUUUUGAUUAUCACGUCCCUGCUAUGCUUCUUGAUGAGGAUCCCGCUGCAGUUCACGCUGGCUGAGGGGCUGAGAAACGGCAUGAAGUUUUACAAGGACACGGACACACCGGGACGCUGCUACAUGAAGAGGACCCUGGACCUGAUGCAGAUGGAGUUUCGUUGCUGCGGAAAUGACAACUACAGAGAUUGGUUUGAGAUUCAGUGGGUUAGCAACCGCUACUUGGACUUCAGCGCAAAGGAAGUCAAAGACCGCAUUGGGAGCAACGUUGACGGACAGUAUCUGAUGGACGGAGUCCCGUUCAGCUGCUGCAACCCCAGCUCCCCCAGGCCCUGCAUCCAGUAUCAGAUGACCAACAACACGGCCCACUACAGCUACGACCACUACACCGAGGAGCUCAACGUGUGGAGGCGCGGCUGCCGCGAUGCCCUGCUGUCCUACUACGGAGGCAUGAUGAACACCAUCGGAGCCCUGGUGAUUCUGGUCACUAUGCUGCAGGUUGCUGUGACUAUCGGCCUGCAGUACGUCGACACCUCCCUGUCCACCCUGGCCAACCCGGAGGACCCGGAGAGUGAGAGUGAGGGCUGGCUCCUGGAGAAGACAGUGAAGGAGACGUUCACUGACAUCAUGGACAAAAUGAAGUCCAUGGGCAAAGGCAGCAAGGUGGAAGAGGGGGGCGAGGUACAGGUCGCCACCGUGAGCUGAGCUACUCCCACACCAGAACAAAAAACUGACACCACUCCCAGCUAAUGAGGAGGAAAAUGUGCGAUUGCUAUGUUUUUCUACCAUCAUUUAUUUUGAGGGAUUACCUGCUCACACAUUUGGUUACGAACUCAUUUUAAACGGACUCAUUACAAAUGGACUCCUGGGAUAAAUAACGCUGUAUACGCCUACAUAGUGAAAUUAUGAUUGAGAUGAGAAAUGGUUUUUAAUCUUUGGUUUUCCCCAAUCAAAUAAGUCUCAAGCUCUAACUUUGCUUCAUAUUUUACAGUUUUGGUUUCUGGUACUCGCUCAGUUUGGAUUUGGAUGCUUUUUUUUUCCCCAAAAAGAAAGUAAAUAAUUACUGAUAAAUGUCUGAUGUUUUAAUAUUCAUAAAGUAAGUAUAUAAUUUGCCCAUUAUAUGGUUGUCACAUAGUUAUUUUGUGUGUCAGAGAUGGUGGCCAAAGGUGCAGAUCCAUGAUACUUACAACCCAGGAGACACAGGAGAGUGUUUUAUUUUUGUUGACCAGUCUAUAGUCCUUUGGCUUUUAGCUGCUACUGUACAUAUAAAAUACAACAGAAAAAGCAAACACAAUGCUCUUUUUAUACUCCUGUCCACCUUUGGACAAGCUCCUGAGAAGGAGUAAAAUUCUGAAUUGAACAAAUCAGCAUGAAUUCUGGGUGUAUGUUGCAUGGUUGAAGCGUGAGGCACGGGAAUCUGGAGGUGUAUCCCGGAGUGACGCUUGAGGAAACUCCUAACCUGUGGAAGGCGAACUGAAAUUGGCAGCUAAAUCUCGGCUCCUGACCCCUGUACUGUAAUCUCAGAUCGUCUUUGAAGUCUCCCUUUGUGCAUUCAGUAUCUAUAUGUAUAUUCUAACAAGCGGGUUGCUGUCUUUGUACAUAGUGUAGAAAUGACAAAAACAUUUUUUAAGAUAAUGUAAUUAAGCUAAAUCUUUUAUUUAAAAACUAUGUAAAGUUUUUUUUUUUUUUUUUUUUUCCAAAUGAUUAUUUUUGUGUGCGGGUCUGUUUAGAAGAGACUUUAUAAUGAUUGAGUACAUGAAUAAAAGAUUUUAGAGAUGUGAUCAGA